GCACCAACAUGGCGGCUUUCUGAGUUUACGAAGAGGGGAAAGAUAGCUAAUGUAAUGUAAAUACAGCAAGUGUGGGUUAUUUGGAGAGUGUAUUAGUCGUUUGAAGUGUUGAUGGUGUGUUGUACAGAGAGGAAUAAAACAUGUCGAGCGACGGAAGUAAAAAACAGUUCUGGAAAAGAAACACAGCGAAGGUUCCUGGCAGUAUACAGCACGUUUAUGGAGCCCAGCAUCCUCCAUUUGAUCCUCUCCUCCACGCUAAUUUGAUCAAAGCUGGAAACAAACCGCCCGCGACAAGCACGCCUGGAAAGCCGAAGAAAGCGACCACCUUCCAGGAGUUUGAGAGCAUCACGAGCGAUGCCUGGGACGUGGGUGAUGACGACGACGAGCUCCUCGCCAUGGCCGCCCAGAACCUCAACAUCGAGGUAGUAAUGGAGACGGCCAACAAGGUGAUCGAGAACCACAGCAAGCAGCAGGAGCGACGACAGCAGCAGCUCGACGAACCUCCUGGGCCUGAGGAGAAAGACGAAGAGGAGGGGCACGACAAAGAUGAAGAGGAGAAGCUAGAGGAGGAGGAGACAACCCCAGAGCUGGCCUUUAGCUCGGAGCGUGUCCACUACACUGACAGCAGGCUGGUGAAGUCCCACAGUGAAGCACCUAUUGGAUCACCAAAGGAGAUGAGUGGUGAGCGAGCAGCACUAUACAGGCAGCAGUCGCUCCCUCACAGGCCGGUCAUCCCCCUGGUGGCCCGCAUGGCUGAUCAGAACACGUCAGGAACCCCGGCCAUGACGGAGAGAGAAGCUUCCAGACUAGACAAGUUCAGACAACUUCUGGCUGGGCCCAACACGGACCUCGAAGAGCUUCGGAAGUUGAGCUGGUCAGGAAUUCCACGGCAAGUGCGUCCCAUCACGUGGAAGCUCCUCUCGGGUUACCUACCUGCCAAUGCCGAGCGCAGAGCCAGCACGCUGCAGAGAAAGAGGCAGGAGUACUUUGGUUUCAUCGAGCAGUACUACGACUCCCGUAACGACGAGCAUCACCAGGACACCUACAGACAGAUUCACAUAGAUGUUCCCCGGAUGAGUCCGGAGCGUUUAGUGCUCCAGCCGAGAGUCACUGAGAUUCACAUUGACAUACCGAGAACUAAUCCUCUUAUUCCUCUCUUUCAACAAGCUUCUGUGCAAGAGAUCUUUGAGCGGAUUCUGUUCAUCUGGGCCAUUCGGCAUCCCGCCAGCGGGUACGUCCAGGGCAUCAACGAUCUCGUCACACCCUUCUUCGUUGUCUACAUCUUUGAGUAUAUCGAGGAAGAGGUGGAAAAUUUCGAUGUUUCCAGCUUGCAGGAAGAGGUGCUGCGGAACAUCGAGGCUGACAGCUUCUGGUGCAUGAGCAAGCUGCUGGAUGGCAUUCAGGACAACUACACUUUUGCCCAGCCGGGGAUCCAGAGGAAAGUGAAGGCUCUGGAGGAGCUGGUGAGCCGAAUUGAUGUGACCGUACAUCGGCACAUGCAGCAUUAUGAAGUGGAAUACUUGCAGUUUGCCUUCCGCUGGAUGAAUAACCUGCUGAUGAGAGAGCUUCCCCUGCGCUGCACCAUCCGACUGUGGGACACCUACCAGGCCGAACCCGAGGGCUUCUCCCACUUCCACCUGUACGUGUGCGCUGCUUUCUUGGUGCACUGGAGGAAGGAGAUUUUGGAGGAGAAGGACUUCCAGGGCCUGAUGAUCCUGCUGCAGAAUUUACCCACCAUGCACUGGGGCAAUGAGGAAGUGAGUGUGCUUCUGGCUGAGGCCUAUAGGCUAAAGUUUGCUUUCGCAGAUGCACCCAAUCAUUACAAGAGAUGAGGCUUCCAUCAGCAUGACUACUGAACUGAGACUCUCGAUAGCCCACCCUGAGGCUUCUCAUGGUCCACUCUGAGACUCCUGAUGGCCCGUCAUAUAAACUGUACAGUGGCCUAUCCUAAUAUUCCUGAGGCUCCCAGUGGCCCAUCCUGUUAUUCCUGAUGGCCCACUGUGAGACUCCUAAUGGCCCACCCUGGGGCUACCCAUGGCCCACCUUAAAACUCCUUAAUUGCCCAACCUGAGACUUCCAAUGGCCCACCCUGAGAUUUUUUUGAUGCCCCAAUUUGAGACUCCUGAUGGCCCACCAUGGGGACUACCGAUGGCCCACCCUCAGACUCCCAACAGGCUGCUCAUCAGUUUGAAGUGGACUGUGUUUACAUGACUCAGUGUAAAACUGUAGCCUUUGGUUCCUUCACCUCCAGCUCUGUUCUUACACACUAACCCACACACUAACCCACACACUCCAGACAUCAACUAUCUGUCUAUUUAAUCAAGCCAAAAAAAACCCUCUGAAAAAGACACUUCUCUCAAAAAUGACUAACAAAUCAAUUUUUUUUUCCGUCCUUUUUGAAUUUCCGGCCCUCCAACACCUGAAAGGUUUCACAGCAAAGGUUUUGUGUAGGCUGAUAAAAUGUUGCCAGUUUGUUGCAAAACCCUGUGUUCUGUACCGGUUCGAAUCGAAUUACUGACGCUGAGAGGGUGUGUGGGUGACUGUGAGGAAGAGUGUCUGGCUCAAAUUUUCUCAGCUACAUCAAGAGUAAUAGCUGGAAGUCCACUUUUGCACUGAGCAGUCUCCAUUAUGAAUCUCUCAUACAGCUGCAGGUCAGGAGUGCGUCGCAUUAAAGGCAAUAAUCACGCAUUACUCAGACAGGAAGACGGAAUAGAGACACAUUCAUGCAUCCAGAGAAGUCGCUAAAAAAAGAGAGAGAGAAGAAAAGCACCCAGGAAGUAGAAUGAAAGGACACUUUAUUCAAACCUAGGUCUACCUCAGGAGCCGGUCGGUGUGGAUCGGCAGUCAGAUGGAAUGCAGUACCUAGGCCGUUCAUCUGCCUCCGUGUCAGAACAAUAGCCAUUGAUGUUCAUUUUUUGAACACUUGUCUUUAUUCUUUUUUUGUUUUAGGUAGAACAAAUAAGAUUUGCCUUAAUUUGGCUACUCUGAUUCUGCUAGAAACAAACAUUUGCGAUCAUUAGUGGCUUGUCUAUAGAGUUCUAGCUGCUCUAAUCAAUUAGCCUUUAACGUGCUUAAUGGCCCGUUCUUUUGCACCCCUCUUUGGAGCUCUGGUCCGGACUUGUUGCAUGAUGCUGUCGUUUGUGAGCGCAUUCAGAGCAUAAAAGAUCUCCACAAAGUGAGUAGUGGCAGUAUUCAAACCUUUGUGCGGUGUUCAGUCAUGUUGUCAGGCUUUUCAUUUUCCCUGCCAGCUCUUAAAUACAUGUGAAGAGAAAGAAAAUGCAUUCUAUUUUCCUUGGAUUUUGUACACCAUGUAUUGCUUAAAUCAGCCUUUUUAUUGUUUUUUUCUUUUAUAUACUGUUUACAUGAGCCUGUUAAGUUGUGCCUGACAUCAGAAAUUGUCUACACCAUCUCAGAUGCGUGUUUCUUUAACGUUGAACGUUUACUUCCAGUAAGUAGGCUUGUGCUGAGAUCACAUUUUACCAUUUCACGGUGUUGCGUUUUAAAAUAAAUGACAAAUAAAUGCAGUGCUUCCUGCUGAACGACAUUUUAACUGUGAGAGGUCAGACGUGUUUUCCAAACAUUAAUCAAGUCCAAACUGAAAAACUCAUUGAUUUGGACAGAGUUAAUUUCAGGAGUACAAACGCUCUGCAGAAAUGCUUCCUACCUUGGCAGCCUCGUCUCAAAGGGCAUGCAGGAGUAGCACGUGUUUUGAAGCGUUGCGCAAUACUGUAUACGUGAUCAUCAGCACAUGCCUACUGAGUGUUCCUGCUGCGCUGGGCUAUGUGCAUGGACAACAGGCUAACCUUGUUAACUGACCAUAUCUGUCUGUUUACUUCACUCAUAAGACGCAUACAAUAUGUGCCACCUGUUUCUCUUGCUUUCCCCCUUUUUUAUAUUUGCUUCCUUUUCCUUGUUCUUGCAUUGUUUUCUUCUCUCAGUGAGCAGUGAAAAGCAUAGCUCUGGAUAUCAGACAAGGGCAGUUUAACCUUUAGAAAAUACCAAUUUUAAAAGGGUGUCAGUAAAUUUUCUGAAACGUUCUUGAAUUUAAAAAAAAAUUGUGUACAGAACAAAGACUUUUCAAAGGUCUGUAAAUAGAGAGAUGUGUAAAUAAAUGCUAUAUAUGAACAAC